AUGGAAUUUGCAGAUGGAAACUAUACCUUGGUGACUGAGUUUAUUCUGUUAGGGUUUCCAACUCCCCCCGAGCUGCAGUUUGUCCUGUUUCUCCUGUUUCUGACUCUGUACAGUAUGAUUUUAAUGGGGAACAUUGGAUUAAUGUUGUUAAUUAGGAUCGAUCCGCACCUUCAAACACCCAUGUAUUUUUUCCUUAGUAACUUAUCCUUUGUAGACCUUUGUUAUUCCUCAGUCAUUGUUCCCAAACUGCUGGUCAAUUUCCUCUCGGAGAACAAGUCAAUUUCCUACCGUGGCUGUGCACUGCAGUUUUAUUUUUUCUGUAUGUUUGCAGAUACAGAAUCCUUCGUCUUGGCGGCCAUGGCGUACGAUCGCUAUGUCGCCAUCUGCAACCCUCUGCUAUAUACGGUGGUGAUGUCUCGGGGCAUCUGUCUAUGGUUGGUUGUCUUGUCAUACUUUGGAGGCAACAUGAGUUCCCUGGUUCACACGUCCUUUGCGUUUAUUCUGAAGUACUGUGAUAAAAAUGUCAUUAAUCAUUUUUUCUGUGACCUCCCUCCUCUGCUUAAGUUAUCCUGCACAGACACAUCACUUAAUGAGUUGCUUCUCUCCACGUAUGGCAGCUCGGUGGAAAUUAUCUGUUUCGUCAUCAUCAUCAUCAUCUCUUACUUUUUCAUUCUUCCCUCUGUCUUAAAGAUCCGCUCUUCCAGCGGGAGGAAGAAAACCUUCUCUACCUGUGCCUCCCACCUGACUUCAGUCGCCAUCUACCAGGGGACGCUUCUCUUUAUUUACUCGCGACCCAGCUACCUGUAUUCUCCCAACACAGAUAAAAUUAUCUCCGUGUUCUACACCAUUAUCAUCCCUGUGUUGAAUCCCUUGAUUUACAGUUUGAGGAAUAAAGAUGUAAAAGACGCCGCUAAAAAAGUCUUAAGAUCAAAGAUAGAUUCCUCGUGA